GUUACAAAAGACCUUUUGUCUGCUGCUUUGGAUGAAUCUGGAAUUGGAGAUCUUACUGCUUUUGAUGAAUCUGAUGACUUGUUUACUCUGAAUGACAACCUUGUUGAUGUACAGCCUGUUACUCAACCUGUUGCAACUGCUGUAAAUGGUUACAUUGAUGGAAGUCAGAGUAAUAUCUAUUCAUCAGUCACGACACAAGCGCCAGUGACGAUACCUCAACCAAAAAUUAUAGCAUCCAAUCAAAUAAGACCACGUGUAGUUUUACAGCCAACCAAUCACAGCCUUACAAACUCUAAUUCUCAGGUUAUUCGUGUUGUUAAGUCGUCUGGUGGGAAUAGCCAAGUAUUGCAAAUCACUGGAGCUAAUAAUUCUUACAUUCAGAAUACUGCAAUCAGUCAGACUGGUAGCAAAAUAAUCUCACUAACUCCUAAAAAUGUUGGUUCACAAAGUGGUUUACCAAAUUCAUUUGCUGGACAGAAGAUCUACAUCACUACAACAAGUAGCACUGGGCGCAACAGUCCAUUGCUCACUGAGGUUAACUCCGGGAAACCAUUACAAAUUCUCAGUCAGCUUGGGCUGACGGGCAGCAAUGUCAAAGUGAACACAAUAACAUCAAACAAAAUUAAGCCGAGCGCUUCAAACGUUGUGAAGAAUGUGUCUCAAACAACAGUGACAGCUCCUAGUCCUCAGACUACUACUGUCAAUAAAACACAAAUGGCUAACAUGACAAAACCAAACCAGAUGAACAAUGUUAUGAAUGCUAACUUAACAAACGGGGCUGGUAUACGCCCAUCUGUUACUAGUAAAGACUUGUCUCGGAUUUGGUCACAAGAAGAUAUCAAGUUGAAGAACAUUAAUUCAUACACAGCUCCUGGGAUCAAUAUGCCACUUCGCACACCUCAUUAUCAUCAUCACCACCAUCACCAUCACCACCAUCAUCAUCAUAACAACAUACCAGAAGAAGAAGAAGUUGAAGAAGAGAUUGAGGAACUUGGUCAAGCUGAAACAUAUUCUGAAUAUAUGCCAACCAAAUUACGUAUUGGUGAAAAACACCCCGAUGCUGUGGUCGAAUCAAGUUCUUUAUCCAGUGUGGAACCUCCAAAUGUGCGGUACAAAGUUCAUCUUCCUGACUCAACUAUAGACACUGGCCAGUUAUCAGCCCUUCAGUUAGAAUCAAUUACAUACGCCUGUCAACGCCAUGACACCAUCAUGCCAAGUGGAGAUCGGGCUGGAUUCCUUAUUGGUGAUGGGGCUGGUGUUGGAAAAGGCCGAACAGUUGCUGGAAUUAUUUUUGAAAAUUAUUUGCAAGGCAGAAAACGUGCACUUUGGUUCAGUGUCUCUAAUGACUUGAAAGUCGAUGCUGAGAGAGAUCUAAAAGAUAUCGGAGCCUCAAAGAUAGAAGUCCAUCCAUUAAAUAAGUUCAAGUAUGCAAAGAUUUCAUCAAAAGAAAAUGGUAGUGUGAAGAAAGGUGUAAUAUUUGCUACAUAUUCCUCAUUGAUUGGUGAAAGCCAGUCUGAUGGAAAAUAUAAAACCCGGUUGAAACAAAUUCUAAGAUGGUGUGGUGAAGAUUUUGAUGGUGUUAUUGUUUUUGAUGAAUGCCACAGGGCCAAAAAUUUGUGUCCUGUUGGUUCUAGUAAACCAACCAAAACGGGACAGACAGUACUUGAACUACAGAACAAACUUCCCAAAUCUAGAGUUAUAUAUGCUAGUGCAACUGGUGCAUCCGAACCAAAAAAUAUGGCGUACAUGACACGGCUUGGAUUAUGGGGUCAUGGUACACCAUUUAAAGAAUUCAAUGAUUUUAUUCAGGCUGUGGAGAGACGUGGUGUUGGUGCUAUGGAACUUGUAGCUAUGGAUAUGAAACUACGAGGCAUGUAUAUAGCUCGUCAGUUGAGUUUUGUCGGAACCUCUUUUCGAAUAGAGGAAAUAACUCUUUCGAAAGAGUUUGUGUUAGUUUACAACAAAUCAGUGGAAUUGUGGGUACGAGCACGGGAAUUGUUCCAGAAAGCAGCCGAAUUAAUUGGAGCUGAGCAGCGAAUGAGAAAGUCAAUGUGGGGACAGUUUUGGUCUGCACAUCAACGCUUUUUCAAGUAUCUCUGUAUAUCGGCAAAAGUGGGACACUGUGUGAAACUUACUCGAGAAGCAGUCAAAAAUGGAAAGUGUGUUGUAAUUGGCCUGCAAUCUACUGGUGAAGCCCGUACUUUGGAACAGCUCGAGGAACAUGGUGGGGAGCUUAAUGAUUUUGUCUCAACUGCUAAAGGUGUUUUCCAAACAUUAGUCGAAAAACACUUUCCUGCACCUGACAGGCGAAAAACAAUGGAUUUCCUCAAUCUGGGAGGAUGUAAGAGCGAUGGUUUCUCAGAUAAUAGUUCCAGUUUGAACAGUAAUAUGAAAAGAAAGAAAGGGAACAAUCAAGAUGGGAAUGCAAAACGUCAGAAGACAGACUUUUCUGAUGGUUCCAGUUCAGACAGCAGUGAUAUAAGUUUAAGCCUAAGUGAGACUUCUGAGUCCGAAUCUAGUGAUGAUUUUAAUCCAUUUGGUAGUGGCUCAGACAGUGAUGAAGAUCCUUGGUUAAAGAAAUCAAAGGCUAAAUCUAAAAACAAAGUAAAGAAGAAAAAAUCCAAGAAAAGCAAGAAGCAUAAGAAUAACAAAGUGGCAGAUGAUGAUGAUGACGAGGAUGAAGAUGUUCAGUUUGAUAAAGCUUUAGCUGCUGUGGGAUUAUUGAAGAAAAGUAACUCAUUAUCUACUGACAGUAACCAUUCUUCCUUAUUCAACAAUACCAUUGGUAUGGAUAGCAUUGACAAAGCUAUUGCUAUGAAAAGAGAAUUGCUGGAAAGUAUUGAAAAACUAUCAGAUAUUCUUCCCCCAAAUACUUUGGAUCAUUUAAUUGAUGAACUUGGGGGUCCUGAAAAUGUAGCCGAAAUGACAGGUCGGAAAGGGAGAGUCGUGACUAAUGAAGACGGUGCUGUGUGUUAUGAAUCAAGAAGUGAACUGGAUGUUCCACUUGAAAUUUUAAAUCUCACAGAAAAACAACGCUUCAUGGAUGGUGAAAAGAACAUUGCUAUCAUAUCUGAAGCUGCCAGUUCAGGAAUUUCCCUUCAAGCCGAUCGAAGAGCUCGGAAUCAAAAGAGAAGAGUUCAUAUAACAUUGGAACUACCUUGGAGUGCAGAUAGAGCUAUACAGCAGUUUGGUCGGACACAUCGAUCAAAUCAAGUUAGUGCUCCCGAAUACAUAUUCCUCAUAUCAGAGCUAGCAGGAGAACGGAGAUUUGCUUCUACAGUUGCCAAAAGACUGGAAAGUCUAGGCGCCUUGACACAUGGUGACCGGCGAGCAACAGAAACAAGAGAUUUAAGUCGUUUCAACUUUGAUAACAAAUAUGGCAGAACUGCUUUGGAAGCAGUGAUGAAAUCUGUACUGAGAUAUGAAGCUCCACUUGUUGCAACACCAUCAGAGUAUUCUGGAGAUUUCUUUGAAGAUAUCAAGAAUUCAUUGAUUGGUGUUGGCAUGAUAGCUGUAGAUGAACGUCUUGGAACGCCCCUCUUAGAAAAAGAAUAUAAUAACAUCAGUAAGUUCUUAAACAGAAUCCUUGGAAUGCCUGUGGAACAGCAGAAUUCUCUAUUUAAAUACUUCUCAGAGACACUAACAGCUAUUAUCUUGGAUGCCAAGAGAAAUGGACGCUGGGACAUGGGUAUUGUGGAUUUGGGUUCUGGAGGAGAAAGCGUAAAAAAAUUGGAAUCUAAAAUAUUUGUUGGCAACACUGAUUUGAACAAAGCUAGAACCGAGUUGCAUACAGUAAGUGUGGAGCGUGGAUUGUCCUGGAAUCAAGCAAUAGAUAUUUGGAAAGAAUGCAAGGGUUCAGAUGAUGGAUUUUAUCUAUCAGCACAGAUGAGAAAUGGUAAAAAGACCGCUGUGCUUGCUGUUAUGCCAACAUCGGUGAAGAAGAAAGAGAGGAUGUACCACGUCUACCGUCCAAAUACUGGUUUACAGCCUCGUUCAGAAACACCAGCUGAGUUGAAGAAGAAAUUCAAGAAGGUGAUGCCAGAUGAAGCACACAGUUGGUGGAAUGAUCAAUAUCACUCUUCAGCAAAAACAUGUAUCCAUGCUUACUGGAAAGGAAAUUGUAAAAAGACAAGCAUGGGAUUACAUUGUGAAAUAGGUUUACGUACAAGGACUUACCACGUACUAAGUGGUUCAGUCCUUAGUGUCUGGAGUAAAGUAGAGAGUGUGCUUGCAUCAUUACCUGGAGGUGCCAGCUCCAAAAUGCAGAUAAUCCGACUUCGAACAGAUGACAAUCGCAGAAUUGUUGGAAGUUUAAUUCCUGGGAAUUGUUUGAAAGCCUUGUGUAAUGUAUUAUCUCAAGACUCUGCUCACACAUAUACAGAAACCCCAGACAACAGUGUCAAUGAAAACGUGCACCUCAGUAUGCCAGUGCUUUUAUGAUCUCCCUACCACUGGGGUAGUAAGCAGGAGCUCACUACCAUGUGUCUUUCAUCAAAUAAUAUUAAUAAUAAUAAAGAGACUGCGAUUUA